UAAGUUUGACUUAGAAAACAUUAAAAAGUAAGUAAUGACAAUUUUCAAUUUUUGUAAUUUUCAGUUACUCGAUGCAUGUAUAUCGUCAUGCAAUAAUUACUGUUAUUCCAUUGAUGAAAUGAAAGAUAAUCAAAUUAAGCAAUUGCGGAAGGAACAGAAGAUACUUUCUGAACGGAUCGAUCAACUGACUUCCACUAAUACCGAAAAGGAUGUUAAAACUCAAGGGCGAACAGAUGAAAUGGAAACUGUUACGGAAAAUAUUUCAGCCCAAUCUGAAGAAGAGGAUACUGAAAUGGAAAGCCUAAAGUUUAAACUCGUUGACGACCAACUUAAGGAGCCAAUAGAUGAUGAUGAUCAGCAAGAACUUGCUCACUCUGAGAGCACUGAAUAUAAUGAAUAUUCUACCGAGACACCUGAAAUAGAUACGAGCGACUGGAUUGUAGUUCAGCGUCGCAUUGAUAAUACUGUCGAUUUCCAAAGAAAUUGGAAGGAUUACAAACGGGGUUUUGGCAAUCCGAACGGCAACUACUUCAUUGGAUUAGAGAAUUUAUAUUUAUUAACCAAAGCUAAGCGAUACGAGUUGCUGAUCGAACUCCGAGAUGUGAAUGGUGCAACUGGCUAUGCCCGCUAUGAUAAUUUUGCUGUGGGCAGUGAAAUUGAAGACUAUACAUUAAACUCUUUAGGCGCUUACAGCGGAACCGCUGGAGAUUCACUUUCCGCUCAUUUGAACAUGAAAUUCUCUACCAUUGACCGAGAUAAUGACAUUUGGGAACGUAGUUGUUCUUCCAUAUACAAUGGUGGCUGGUGGUUUAGCAACUGUGGACACAGUUCGCUAAAUGGAAUCUUUAAUAGCGGUGGUGGAGACAAAGGUUUAAUCGGCAUUCUUUGGGGAAGUUGGAAACGAUCAUGGGAUUGGAAUAUAUCACUAAUCUAUUCCAAAAUGAUGAUUCGCCCAAAAAUGUCUUAACUAUGUGAAAUUGUCCUUAAAUAAUAUACAAGUGCAAAUGCGAAUCUCCUAAGUAACCAUCAGAACAAUGUAAAAUAUAAAUAUGCAAA